AUGAUCUCUCCCAUCUCCCUCAAGGCUGUCGGUGCCGGUGCCGCCGUAUACAUGCUUGGCCAGCAGGUCCAGUGCCCCUUCAUUGCCAUUCCUCUCAUUGGUGAUGCUAUUGCCAUGACCGUUGCCCAGGUCGGCUCAGCUGCUGCUAGCUUCGGUGGUGCCAUUGCCGCCGCCCACUUUGCCAAAGCCAGAGAUCUGCAAGGUCGUGACAACCAGGUUACCGCCCCUGCUGGCGUGCCUCAGUACAACUUCGAUAUGUGUGCUGAGAGCUUGACCGACCCAGCCGUCACUGUCACCGUUAACGGCCCCGUUGAGAACAAUGGUGUCCAAAUUGACGGUCUUCCUUCUACCUGCAUGGUUCUUUCAAAUGUUUUCGACGGCGAUGCCGCCGGUGGUCCCGUGCCCACUCCCUGUGGCUCUGCAUGCCUUCUGUACAACAAUCUGAAUGCCGAUCAGUAUGGCCAGAUGCAGGCCAUUUUCGAGAAGAUGAAGAACCUGUAA